CACCGUGGGAACCUCCCGAUUCCCACAACCCCCAUGAGGUUGAGCAGCUCAAGCACUUUGCUACGAGUAGCUUCUUCCUCACCUCGAGCCCUAUGUCUCUCGUUAGCUUAUAAUCGCUCGCCUACCAUAAUUAGAGUGACCAGCAGUGGCCCCGCUGCUGCUGUACCACUUCUCCCAUCAUCUUACCUUUACUCCACCCAAAGCCAAAACAGUUCUUCUCAAACUUUGAAAUCGGUUCCGGAAAUAUAUCUUUCGCAUUCUAUAGAUCCAUACUUUAAUUUAGCCUUCGAGGAUUGGCUUUUUCGUUCCAAACCUGUAGAAGCAAUCGCUCUCUUGUUCUAUAGAAACUCACCCUGCGUAAUCAUCGGGCGCAAUCAGGUUUGUGCUCGAAAAAAAUUAAAAUGAUGUGUAUCUUUUUGAGGGGUAAAAUGAUCUCACAUCCAUCUCCCAAACAGAACCCUUGGAAAGAAAUUAAUUUUCCAAUAUUACGUCGCCUCCGCGUUCCUUUUGUCAGGA